UGCUAGCACCUAAUCUGCGAGCGCGGACAGGGAGUCCAGGCACAGACAUUCCAACCACCGUCCCGUGGGCAAAUCGACCUGGGGUUCGCUGUCCCGCCUCCGCCUCCCGCAGCCUUGUACUAACCCAGCCCUUCCCGGGCCUGGGACUCCGGUUCCGCCGCCCAGCUCAGCGCUCUCGGCAGCUGUGCGCCGAGACCCGACGACGAGACCCCGGGCCGCCCCUUCCGCCGGGUGACUCCCCCAUCCCACCUCCACGCCGCCCCCUGAGAUCUGACCCCUCGCGCCCCCGCGCGUCCCUCCGGAGUUGCGAGCGUGCUGUGCCAGUGAUGUAACGGGGCCAGGCUCGCGCGCCGCGCUCCUCUGCUCCAGACUAAGUCCAUCCUCCCUCCAGCGGGCGCCUGGCGCUCCGUGCACAGAGCGGGCUCGGGGCUGCGCGGUGGCGGCUUGGCUUCCGGAACCCCGGGGACCCACGGGCUCUGCCUGGACUCACCCUCGGCCACAUUCUACACCCCGGAGGCAGAGUCAGUAGGGAGAACCAGCCUGUCCUGCCAGAACCCGAACCCGGGGAGCGCACCCACGGGGCAGCUGUGGUGCAGGUUCCGAAGGAGACUCUGCCCAGCUGCUUUCCCUUCUCCCGGAAGCCGCCAGGAGCUCAGGAGAGAGGAAGCCCGCUCCCUGGCCCCCAACCUGGAUGGAGUGAAAGAUGCGGCCUGAUGACAUUAACCCAAGGACUGGGCUGGUGGUGGCCCUGGUCAGUGUCUUCCUGGUCUUUGGUUUCAUGUUCACCGUCUCUGGGAUGAAGGGGGAGACGCUGGGGAACAUCCCCCUCCUGGCCAUCGGGCCGGCCAUCUGCCUACCAGGCAUCGCAGCCAUUGCCCUGGCCAGGAAAACCGAGGGGUGCACCAAGUGGCCCGAGAACGAGCUGCUGUGGGUGCGCAAACUGCCCUGCUUCCGGAAGCCGAAGGACAAGGAGGUGGUGGAACUGCUGAGGACCCCUUCAGACCUGGAGUCGGGCAAGGGGAGCUCUGAUGAGCUGGCCAAGAAGGGGGGCCUCCGGGGGAAAACGCUCCCCCAGGGGCAGAGCGAGGUGCCCAUGGCCAGCUCCAUCACCACCCCUACACCCACAGAGGAGGGAGAAUGUCAGAGCCUGGUCCAGAGUGGGCAUCGGGAGGAAACAUCCAGAUACCUGGAUGGCUACUGUCCCUCAGGCAGUUCCCUCGCCUACAGUGCCUUGGACGUCAAGGGCUCAGCCUGGGACAGAUCCGACUGCCCUGAGCCGGAGGACAGCAUCUUCUUUGUGCCCCAGGACAGUAUCAUCGUUUGCUCCUACAAGCAGAACAGCCCCUAUGACAGGUACUGUUGUUACAUCAAUCAGAGCCAAGGCAGGUGGGACCAUGAGACCAUAGUCUAAGCUUUGCAUACCAGGGCUGCCAUGCUGAUGAACAUGACAGCCAGCUGCCAACGGAAGGCGACUGCUCUGCUCCAACAGCCUUCAGGCUGUUAGAAAUGGACCUGGUAUGUGAUGGGUGUGCAGACCUCUGGUGCCUGAGAGGCAUGUGUGGAUAUAGGCAUUUUGGAGAAGGCUGGUGAGGGGAAGGAUGCUGGGGAGGGCAGGAAGCACUUGGAUUGCUUCUUCACAGACUGAAACAAUGUUGACUGUUUUGUAAAAUAACGGAAAGAGUGCCUAACUCUGGAGUGGGCUGCAGAUGCAGGCAUCAGAGGAACCCAGGGACACUGAGCUGCUUUGUCUGAAGAAACCAAAAGAAAAAAGUCAGUGCUCCAUUAUAUGAAAUCAGUUCUAUCUGGCGAAAAGCUUUUCACACCUUAUGUUGACUGAUUUAAAAAAAAAUCAAAACAGAAUAGUCAAAUCCCCCUUAGAAGGGAUUGUUUUUGAGAAAGGGGAAUUAAAGACAGUUGAAUUAUGUAAUUGAGUUUUAUGGCAUUAUCCUUUGACCAGAUCAUGAUUUCAAGUAAAGUAAGUAAGUGUGACCAGCUAGGUGAAAAGUAAUAUUUUUGGAUGAAGAGGUUACUUCUUAAAGUUUUGUCUAAAUUGAUUUUCUGGGUCUUUCUCUGAAAUGCUUUUUUUAAACAUCGAUUAUCAUUCAUGUAUAAUUUCCUCACCAGGUGCAGAAUGACUUAAUGUAAUGUUUUCAUAGAUUAGAAUUUGUUUUCAUCAGGACAGAAUGAAGUUUACAUAUGUAGCCAAGUGUCUGAGAGAUAUGAACUGGUAACCCUGAUUUCUACAUGCCUUUUAAAAUCUCAGAAUUAGAAAGUCAACACCUUAGUCCUGAAUGCUGUGCAGAAUUUGUUUGAAAUGCAAUGGUUAAACCUUUGGAAGUAUCAUUAUUUGUUCAUGUAUUCAAUACCGCCACAGGCUUCUGUUCACCAAUGAAAUAAGGCUUAAACUAUGAGAGGAAACUGAAGCCCAUAUUGUAUCAAGUUCACCUUGUCAGUGAGCAUUACAUGAUAAAAAUCUCUAUUUUGUACAUUUUCACUGCUGAGGAGGAAAAAAAUUCACAAACAAAAUCACAAUGGCAACUUAAAAUUGUAUUUCCUAUUGCACAAGUUCAACCACAAUAGAUAAGAGGCAAUCAACCACAAU